AUGGACUGCAAACAUUUACCAAUGUUAGUUAUUCAGUCGAUGGCUCAGCGAGUCUAUCUCGACGAGCGUUACUUGUGUUUAGCAUCGUCUUUAAUUCUCUUUGUAUUUAUUCGUUCACAAUGUAUCGGUUUAUCAUCAAAUCAUGAAAGCCAACAAAUUAUUCAUUCAUUUAAAUUAUCAAUGGGUAUAAUAACAAAAACAAUUGGUCAAGAUUCAUCAUUUCAUUCAAAUCUCUCCAGUCCAAAGGGUAAUUAUUCGUCUUGUCCAACAAAUCAAUGUGAAAUAAAUGAAUUGAAACAUAAAAAACAAUAUCGAUCAGCUGGAUCUAUCAAUACAUGUAUGACUCAAGCACGUUCAUCUGGUAUGAUACCGAAUUUGUUUUCUUUACAUCGUCCACGUAGUGCCAAUUGGCGACAAGACUCAAUCAUUGACUAUUGUUCAUUUAAAUCUGAUCUUCAUACUUCUUUCGAAAUUCCUACAUCAUGCAACCAAAGUCAGUCUUCAACACAAUGUUCUUUUCGCGUGUCGUAUUGGUAUCAUCAAUUAGUGUGUCUCAUCAAUACGAUCGUUCCGAUGAUUGUGCAAUUGAAUUCGCUACUAAAACUAUGUCAGAUUUACUACAACGUUUUGAAAUUUAACUACACAACACUUCGCGACGAACUUUGGCCACUUCUUGCAUCAUCAUCACCAAUUAAAAAUACUGAUCUUUCAUGUUUCGAUUCGGAUGAAAAUAUUCGUCAAUGUGGUUUGGUAACACGGCCGGGUAUCUGUCAAGGUGCACAGCGAUUACGAAGAAAUAGUCGAACAAAUCGUGGCUGUAAUAAUAAUCUUUAUGGCAAUGACAAAUCGGUUGCUGCAUACGAUUUUGGCAAUUUUGGAAGUUUCGAAAUCAGAUGUAAUCGAUCAUUAUGCAGUGGUCCAUUGAUAUUUCAAACUGUAAAAGAACUUCUGUUCAAAUACAGUAUCACAAAAACGGUCGGUGGAAAAUUAAGUCAAGGAAUAGCCAUUCACUAUCGUUCAUAUUCAUCAUUUUGA